GUAGAAUACAAUGUGUAAGUAUGUCUAUUUGUAUAUAUACAUAUAGGUAAGAUAUAUUUAUUUAUUUAAUUUGUAGAAUUAAAUAUAUAUAUAUAAAUAGAUAGACCGACACGAACCACACUCUAUACCAGUAAGUGGCGGUAAUGCUACUAAACGUUUGUUGCCAACCGCCAAUAAAACCAACAAGAAGAAGAAGAAGAAGGAAAAGACGAAGAAGAGGAGGCCAAGGAACUGCUUGUCUCUAUUUACGUGGUUCUGUUUUUCGACAGUUAACUUUAAAGACACGGAGCCUUUGUGAGUUUACCAUGAACCUGGAGCGACUUCCCAACGAAGAGAAACUCAGCCUUUGUAGAAAAUAUUACCUGGGGGGUUUUGCUCUUCUUCCUUUCCUGUGGCUCGUAAACGUUGUUUGGUUUUUUAAGGAAGCCUUUGUGAAGCCGCCCUUCACCGAACAAACCCAAAUUAAAACAUAUGUGAAGCGAUCAGCAAUGGGUUUGUCGUUUUGGGUCACAGUAUUGACGACAUGGAUCACAAUUUACCAACACUUCAGAGCACAGUGGGGGGAGGUGGGGGAUAACCUUUCGUUCACGAUUCCGCUGGGCACUCCUUGAGACGUCUAACAGCCAACUAUAAUGGACCAAAGGGUUUCCUCUUUAAUAAAGUGAAAGAUUUUGGCCUUUGUGACAUCAAUUACCUUUAAAAUGUUUAUACAGUAAAUCUCUGAAUUUCUGUAUUUUUGGUUUAUUUUAGAGCCUUUUGUAUUUUUUGAUUUCAGUUUGAGCUAACAAUGUGUUGUCACUGGAUGUGCUUGCAAAUGUCUUUUGAAAAAAAAUUGUUUAGGUUGCUUUUUUUCUUUUUUGUUUCCAUCAAAUAUUCCGAAGAAGACUUUGAUUGUGCACCCAAGAUGAUUUUUACUUCUUGACCAAUAAAUACCUUUAAGCUACAUUGUCUUUAAGUUCAAUAAAAAAAUGUAGAUUCAG